AAUACCCUCCCUCGAACACAACUUCACGGAGCUAGAGAUUAGAGAGUAGAGAGUAGAGAGUAGAGAGCGAGAGAAAAUGGAGAAGAUAACGCACAAGACGGUGGCGGUGAAUGGGAUAAAUAUGCACGUAGCAGAAUUGGGGGAAGGCCCCUUGGUGCUCUUCCUCCACGGCUUCCCUGAGCUCUGGUACUCAUGGCGCCACCAGAUGCUCUUUCUCGCCGCCAAAGGCUACCGGGCCGUGGCGCCGGACCUUCGCGGCUUCGGGGACACCACCGGCGCACCCACUGACGACCCUUCCAAGUUCACCGUGCUCCACGUUGUGGGUGACCUCAUAGCGCUCCUCCAAUCCAUCGCUCCAGAUGAAGACAAGGUGUUUGUUGUAGGUCAUGACUGGGGUGCAAUCAUAGCUUGGAAUCUGUGCUUGUUUAGGCCCGACAAAGUCAAGGCUUUGGUCAACCUCAGCGUCCACUAUGCCCCUAGGAAUCCUAACUUCGACACUGUUGAUGCCAUGAGGGCAAUGUAUGGAGAUGACCACUACAUCUGCAGAUUCCAGGAGCCUGGAGAGAUUGAAGCUGAGUUAGCCCCUAUUGGAGUGAAGACAUGUCUCAAAAGCUUCUUAACAUACCGCAAAACUGAACCAUUUUAUUUUCCUAAAGGCAAAGGCAUUAGUGCUAACACUGAUGGUCCAAUUUCCCUGCCAUCUUGGUUGCCUGAGGAAGACCUGGAUUAUUUUGCCAGCCGGUUUGAGAAGACCGGCUUCACUGGAGCAAUCAACUACUACAGAGCUCUUAAACUAAAUGCGCAGCUGACUGCACCCUGGACUGGGGCGAAAGUAAUGGUGCCAGCCAAACUUAUAGUGGGAGAACAGGACUUGGUUUAUCAUAUUAAAGGUGUAAAAGAAUACAUACACAAUGGUGGGAUGAAGAAUGUGGUACCACUGCUGGACGAUGUGGUUGUACUCGAAGGCGCAGCUCAUUUCAUCAACCAAGAAGUUCCUGAUGAGGUUAGCAAGCACAUCUACGAGUUCUUGAAGAAGUUCUAAACAAUCUUUGUUGCAAAGCCACAUGUUAGGCAGCUUAAUAAUAAGUUUGAUUCUGUAAGUCUUUAAGUAUGUGAGAUGAUCCUGAAGUUCAAACUUUUCAUAUGAAUAAAAUGCUUCUGCUGUUUUACAAUUUUAUUUCA